AGCGAAGUUGGCAGCUCCGAUUGUAAUCAUUUGACAUUUUAUUAUGUGUGCACACACCUUUCGCCAAUUGCAAAUUUUGUACGGACGCGUGGAAUUAUUGCGAGCAAAAGUAAAUUUUUCGAUUCGGAAUUGCGCGCAAAUAAAACCAAAAUAAAUGCAGUGGUUGGUGGAAAGCUUUAAAUUAAAAUAUGAAUCGAAAGGAAGCGCGAGAACAAAAUGAUAUAUCGAUAAUACGGAAUUUACCAAAGCGACUGCAAAGGAGGAUCGUUGAAGAUGUUGGCGAUGACUCGUUGGUAACAGUUGUUGACGUUGAUAGUCAAAAUGCUGGCGGACGACCUUCACCUUCAAGUAGCGGCGUUGCGAGAAGAAAUGAUAAUGAUAUGUUGCCUGGGAGUUUGCUGUAUAAGCAAGAAACAUCGGGAAGCGUCCCUCAGAAAUCUGUGGAAAUGGGGAUAGGUAAAGAAGCUGCAACAAGCAUUGACUUUUUCUUGAAGAAAACUACAUCUGCUUUGAGUAGGUUAGAUAAAAACCUCGUUAAAAAAGACACUGUGCCCGUUUUGGAAUCCAGCGGGAAAAUGACAGAAAAUAACGCAGCUGCAAUGAGAUGCACCAUGGGUGGCAACCUAAGUAAUGAAAAUAGUACAAUUCCGGGAAUUUUGCGCUUAAAUGACUUGAAACAAGCGCAAUUAUUGGCUGGCGAAAAGGCUAAAGGUAUGAUAGAGAAAAGCGUGGCUCGAGAAAAUGGCAAGAAAAUGAUGGCGCGUAUACGACAACUAAGUGAUCAGCCAGUGAAUGCCGAUAAGAUCCUUACAAAGUCGCCUUCACGUCAGUUACAACGUAAACCGAUGCCACCGCUUUGGUUUGAAAUGCUUGCUGAUACUCAGUGCAUCGAAUCACUUCAUAAAUCUUACGAAACUGUAACAUCGUUGCUGCAGCAAAAUACAGUGAUCGAGAAAUGGACUGAGUUUAGUGAGGCGCGUAGGGAACUUCAAAUCAUAUUCGCUAAACUGUUGCUGCAACAACUAAAAUUGUGCUGUGAGCAGAAGAUAGACUCGUUUUUCUGGAAAUUGCUUUACUAUAAUAUUCGUGAAUAUUUUGCAACAAAUUGCAAAGCCACUCCUGAUAUACAUCCCCGAUUGCUCUCACUUAUUGACGAGGGUUUAGACUUCUACACUAACUUGAAUAUGCAACUUAAUUCAAAAUAUAUAAAUCCCGCUCUGCAACAUGCCAUUAAUAUACAUCAAAGCAAAGCACCACCACAUUGCACAACGCACAAAUUUGAAUUCAUAGCCAAAGUGGCCGCCCAAAAGUUACUUAUAUGCCUUGGUGACCUAUGUCGCUACAAAGCAAAGGAAUUGCAGUCGAAUGAUUACACCGGUGCGGCCAAGUAUUAUCAGCAGGCCCAAGCGUUGAUACCAUCCAAUGGCAUACCAUACAAUCAAAUGGCCAUUGUAGCCAUACAAGCGCGCAAAAAAUUCGAUGCAAUUUAUUUUCACAUGCGUAGCUUAAUGGCCUCCAAUGCAAUUUAUUCAGCACGCGAAAGCCUUUUAGUAUUGUUUGAUGAGAUUCGUAAGAAGUAUGAAGAAAAUGAAUUAAAGGCAUCACCGGUACAUCAAUGUAGUCCAAGGCACAGUAAAAAUAUUUCCAAAUCGAUGCGUAAAGAAGUUUGGAUACACGUAGAUGGCGUUCGCCGUUUGCAUCGUUCUUCUGAAUCUGAUGAUACUAGAAGUAAAUAUGCUGUAAUAAAUGAAGAGAGGCGCUUAAACGAGUUAACAGGCGAAGAGCUAUCACGCCGGUUCACAUCACUCUACCUAUAUGUAAUUGGAAAACUCUACACUGGCAUAGGAAUGGAGACCAUAGUUGAGCAUCAACGAAAGCUAUUGGCCCAAUUGAGUGUUUUGCUUAAGCACAACUCAUUUCCGAUUAAACGCUCACGCCUACUGCGUAUAGUCGCCUUAAAUAUUUUCCAGCUCGAGCAAAACAUGCACAAAGAACCUCGGCGAGAAAUUCGAUAUUACGCAUUUAAUUUUUGUAAUCAAAUAUUCGGCCUUUUGUUGCGAAAAUGUAAUGAAAUAAUUGAAACAUCCAAUUUCAACGUGCUGUAUCCCGAGCAAACUUGCUUUGCCGACAUAAAUACUUUAUUACAAUACAUAAAUAUAUAUACUGGCUGGUUGGCGCGUAAUGUGGACAUUUGGGAAUGUGUGCGUAAUGAAGACCAUGUCAUAAUUGAGACCUGGACAGAAUGGGAAUGUUUUUACCCAUAUCUCAGACGUUUACUCGAUGCUGCACCCGUAAAUAUUACACAACAUAUUCAACUUGAAGAAGAGAUUUCCUUACUUGGAUUUACGCCUUUGGUGACUACCUCGGGCGCCAUUAAUAUUAACAAACAAAUUGACAAAGAAUCUGCUACCGAGUGUGAACAAUUUUAUGCACGUAUUACGAAAAUUCUCGAUUUUCAAGAAUGCUAUGAAAGGAAUCAAUCAAGGCUGCUAGUACGCGAAAAUUCGUUUACAUUGGAAGAGCUGAACGGCGCAAUGAAGCAUGCGCUAUGUAAUUUGCACAGUGAUGAAGAAGAUAACAGUGAAAACAUUUCGGUAAAUGGCACAAAUACAGAAGAACCAUUUAAGGACACCAAAUCAGCGAAAACCGCCUGUAUUCAAGAUGCGCAAAUCUCAUUACUAUCGAAGAGGAGGAAGGAACUUGAAGCCAGAAAGAAUGUGAAAAAAAUGUACAAUGCAAAACUGGAAGAAAUUCUAAAAUUUGUAGAUACAAAACUAUACAUAGAAGUGCGUCCAAGAUAUCUUAUGCCGGACACAAAUUGUUUUAUUGAUUGCCUCGAUGACUUUAAAAAACUUAUUCGGGAUUACAAACGUUACAUACUUGUUAUUCCGCUCACAGUUGUGAAAGAAUUAGAUGGCCUCUCAAAGGGCGUAAAAGUAGAAUCAAACCAAAACUCUUUACAAAUGCAUCGUAUACAUCAUUAUGAUGACGUUUCCACUUGCGCUAAGCGUUCGCUGGAUUUCAUAAGGAGUGCAAAAAAUAACAUCAAGUGCGCCACAACGAAGGGGUCAUUUAUUAACGCAUCGUUAUUUGCAUUAGCCGAAGAGGAAAAUGUUUCGAAUGAUGAUAAAAUUUUGGCAACUGCUGUGGCACUUUCAAAAAGCAUGAGUACAGAAACUAACAAAGAUGGCAAAUGUUUUAUACAAACCGAAUUGGUGCUAGUCACAACAGAUCGCAAUUUGCGCGUUAAAGCAUUGGCGCGUAAUUUAACUGUUAGUGAAAUGGGCGAGUUUUUGCAGUGGGCGAAGGACUGUAAUACUUAGCGUGCAUUCUUUAUUAACCGACUUCAAAAAAA